CGCAAUGUUGACGGAUGCGAUUAAAGAUCGGUAGCGGAAUCGCGGAACAGUACUACGGCCGUGGUACGUCAAUCGCAAAAUCGACAACAGCUCAGGAACUUCGAACAUUUCUACAGACUGAUUUCAUAGUCAUAAAAUGGCUGAAUCGCUGCGAAGAUUAGUCAAGACUGGAGGCUUCAGCACCCUUCAGGAUAAACUUGACCAGUGGUGUGACAAUUAUUUGGUGAAUACAUGUGAUGAGAAUGUUCAUCGUUGCUGUGAAUUGAUUGAGCUAACAUCACGCUUGCAAGGUCAACUCUUCCUAAUUCUUAAUCUCUCAGCAGCAGAAGGGGGUAUAUAUGGUGGAUGUGACGCACUGAAGAAUCGUCUGCUGCCUUGGUUGACUCAAGGCUUUACAUCAAGCAUUGCAACCACAGACUUAAGCUUAGAAAUGAUGGCUGAUGUUGCCAAGAAAGACCGAGCUUUGUCUAAGAUGAGAGCUGAUUUUGAAGCUCAAUUGCAGGACCUUGAGGAGGACUUGGAUACCUCCAGGAAUGUGUCAGAUUCACUCAAACAAGAAUUGCAAGACACAAAAUCCAAGCUGGAGGAGGAGCGUUCCUCAUCCAUGGGAGAGGCAAUACUGAAUGAAGAGGAUACAAUCAGACUUAACUCUAGCAUCAAAGCCCUGAAGGAUGAGCUUGAGGUGUACAAGUCUCGCGUUGGUGUUCUGGAGAGCUAUGAGAUUGAAGCUCGUAGAUUGAGGGAAGAUGUCAACUUAUUGAGAGAAGAGAAGGCCAUUCUAACAGGGAGGAUGGAUUAUCUGACAUCGUCCCUGCCUCCUACUAGCCCAAGGUCUACUGUUUCAGUCAGUAGUGAUGUUGUGCAGCGUGUACGUCAAUCUCAUCUGGUUACUCGUUUUGGUGAUAUGUUCUCACGUGAUCGUAUGGAUGCCAUGGAUAUCCUCCGUACAUUGUCUGAUGAUCAUGACAUCAAUCAACAGAUUGUCUUUGCUUGUGCUGAGGAAGCCUUUCACUGUGCUAAGAAAGCCUAUCGUCUGUAUCGUAGUAAGGUCCGCAGCACUCUGCAACUCACUCACACUGGGCCAGAAACCCUGGAAGAAGCUGUACAAAACUACAUCAAUAAGAAUGGACAGCUACUGGAUGUUCACAGCAUUGUGCAGGAUGUGUUACUGGCAAUGAACACUCAUCCAGUUCUGUCCUAUCCUCCUGAGGUGGAUUUCAAGUCUCUGUCUCUCUUCAUUCGUGAGUUGGUCAAGGUUGCUUGGGAAAUGAGUGCUUUGCCUAAUCCAUUGGAUAUCGCACCAGCUAGGAAGAGUGAACUGUUUGAUGACUUCAAGUACCGUCGCAGCUACGACUCUGAAUAUUCUGCUGCUCUGGUCAGUCACUACAUCUGGCCUGCACUACAGGAGGUUAUAACAGGCAAGAUUCUACUCAAGGGAGAGGCUGUAACCAGACGUGGCGCUACCCUUGCUUCUCCAAGAAGAAGUCGUAGUCCAAGCAGAGUUGUAACUCCAAGGAGUGGAAGGUCACCUAGUCCUCGUCGAAACAUGAACGGAUCCUUCAGCCCUGCAGGUUCUCGUCCUGGCAGUAGUUUGUCUCCGAGACCAAUGAGUGCCUCCUCCUCAUUUUCCAGUUACUAAGGUAACUAGUGAUAGUUGCCAAUGGAAAUAUCCAUCCUAUCCAGCGAAAUGAGGAUCAUUUCUUUGAAGCCUCUCUAGAUAAUGGACAUGCCAUAUUAGCUUUCUGGUGUGGUCAAUAUGUUCUUUAGUGAACACAGUUUCUGGCAAAGGGAUUGUCAGGGCACGUAAUCCGUCCAAAAUAGUUACCGUUUACAUUAUUGAUGAAAAUUAAAUUGAAUGAGGGAUUUAAAUCUACGACCUCAGGAAGGUUGCAGGCAUGAAUCCCAUUUAAAUCAGAAUUCUUUGCUUGACUGAAUACCAUCUAUGAUUCAAGAGACCCAAGUUGCUUUUCUCUUGUGGUUUAGUGGGAUUUUCUUAAACUUGACUGCUGUGAUGUGUGACACACAUGUAAAAGACCAGUGAAAUGAUUGUAUGAGAUGUGAUUUAAAAGAACCAGAUUUUAAGUGUUUGUGCAAAUAUUUGUGACGUGAGUGUUUUUUUUCCAAUUGAUUAGUCCAGAUGUAUGAAAAGAAUAUGUACAUGUAUUCUGAUUAAUGAUUCAACUAAUAUGUGAAAGUGCCAAUGUAUUUGUUUAUUGUAUUUUUAAAAUAUAUUAAAUGUAAUCGUUUCAAAAAUGUUAGAGUUUCAUUAAUUCUGGGAGUGACAUUCCAUAUCCGUCCAUAACCCAUUGUUGCUAUGCAAACUUUGUUAAGGAACCUCACAGAGCUGAAAUUCCUCAGUGCAUUUUACUUGAAUAUGAACUAAGUAUUAUAUUUUUAUUGCUCAUUUAUAAUAGGCAGUCUGCAUCUGCACUGAGAUAGCAAGGAUCACAGAUAUUAUUAGUGAUGGAACUACUGUAUUAUAGUUUUGUUAAUAGUGCGAUGACUCACAGUGAUGAUGAAUGACUGGCCAAUAUGAUGAUGAUUGGGGGCAAUCAUGCAAUUUAUUGCACUAACAAGUGCAUUAAUCUUGUGUUCACUACUGAUGCCAUGUGCUACUCCUUUACAAGAUGCAGCCAAAUCAUCUAAAUCUAUGAAAUGUGAUGGUUAAAGACAGUGACUUCCUACUCUGCCCACCCCAUCCCCUACCCGCCCCUCCCCUACCCAGUUGCCUACCUUCCUUCACCCCAACUGUAAUAACAUCAUCAUGAAUAUCUACCCAAUGUCUUCACAGUGAUUUCAAGUGGUCUGCCAAUAUCUCAUAUAAAUGCCAAUGUCUCCCCUAGCAUCCUACAUCUCACACAUGAUUUUAGAUUUAUUUUCACAGCUUGAUACAUGCAGGUUGAAGUGUGUAAUGAUAGAGUUGAGAGGAAGGAAGCGGGGAUCCUUAAGUAGUUCUUGCCUCAUUUCUCUAUUUACCUUCUACCAAGUCGUUUGGUUUGUUCAUCAGUUUAACAAACAAAGAUCCAACUUAAUACUCCUGUCCACAUGUAGGGACUUACUCUGAAUGGUACAUAUCAACAGAAUGCCAAGAGCUGGUGAAAGAAACACAUACCCUAAAUUCACUCCGAGAGUGGUAAAGAGUUAAUGCUAAAAAUAACUCUUGUGAUAAUACAAUUUGUAAUCUGUAAAGGGGGGUACAGUACUCAGAGAAAUGUUUAUACACAUCUUUUGUCAUGUAAAUUGUGAAAGUUUCUGGCUUAACAAACGUUGUCUAUUUAAAGUGUGUAAGCAGUUUCAUAUAGGAAGCACACAAUACAAUGUGCCUAUAAAUGGGGAUGGACAUUUAAGAGUGGAGUGAAAUUGAGAGUUCUUGACUUGUAAAAACAAAGAUGGUAACUUUGUUCAUCUGGUUUUUCAUAGCCAGCAACCGUAGAAGAAAAAAAAAAACCCUUGAAGUCGGGGAAUCCAACCCACGUCUUGUUUACCAAGUGAUCAGCUAGCAUUCAUUAUAUUUGUUGCAUUCCAUAUUUGGAUAUAGGCCCUGUUUAGAGUGCUUCAGAUUUUUCACAUUUUCCCGAUGUGUCAUAUAUACUGAGUUUGUUGAGAUUGUCUAGAAUGGAGAAGUGCCUUUAGUCUUUUAAUCCCAUUUUUUCAAUUAGCCACAGAUUGGAGUUACUUGUAUAAACAAAUAGAAUAGUAUAAAUACACAAUGUAAUCUGAAUGUAUAUUUAAUUAAUUCCAGUGUUUAUGAUGUAUUGAGUGGAUUGAGCUGCGAGUGGUAACUUGCUUCUUGCAUUAAACCCCAGGAUAUCAAUUAAUGAACAUAGACUUUCAAGUAAUUGUCUAUAGUAAGUAGAAAGCAAAAGGAAAGAGCUACUUUAUCGAAGAAGAUUUCUUGGUGAGAUGGAUGAAUGUUUCCGGUUGACUGGUGCUCUCUUACCAAUUUUUACAUCAAAUUACCCUCACAUGCCAGAAACAAGUAUAUUUAACCAAACAUUUCACUGGCUUUUUUUACGGCAGUGAAAAACGAAUUACAUUUCUUUCCCCAGGUCAAAACAAACACUACUAUCCAGUUAUCGAUUUGAGUCUCAUAAGAACUUAAGAAUGGAAUCAAAGCAAUUCUGGUAGCAGCGAGCUGAAGAUGAAAGAUACUGAGAAGGUCUUAUCAAAAUAGGCCAGGUCAUGUUGAGCUCAUAUAAUUCAGAAGUUGAUAAUGCAGACAUUUUGCGGUAGUGCAGUUUCAAGGCCCGAGUCCAUAGAAAGAACUUCUCCGUUUCUAUGUGUGAACACUCACCUUACUCUUCAUUUCUGGGCAAAGAAAUCCUCGUUCAAUAAAGCAGCUCUUGAGAGUGUUUGUCUGGUUGUAGACUAUGGCACGGAAUGACAUGUCUGCCUGUGUCCAGACCCUUACUCUUCCCAACGACUCAAAACCAACAUCCAAACAGUGAGAUUGUUAAAUGCUGCUUUUGGAUUUUGUUAUCGAAACAAUUAGAGUCAUGUGUUAAUCAUUACCCUUAAUAUAACCAAAUUAAGAAAGUGUGCUUUAAAUUCUUUUGGAUGUUUGUAUUAUUUAAUUGUUCAUUAAACAGUAAUUGAUUUUUUUAAUUAUUCUUUUGAAUCAGAAAUAUGUUGAAAUUAUUCUCUAGAAAUUGUUUGCAGUGUCACCACUUUUGAGAAAACAAAGUUUACCUAAAUGUUUACGGACAGUAUUUAAUUAUCUUCAUCACGCCAUUAAACAAAGCUGAUGCUUUUAUUUUGAGGCAUGUUACUAUGGAUUUAAUACAGCUGAUAAAAAGGAUUUUUUUAAACAAAACUGCAAGUAAAAACGUAAAAUUCAAGAACUAUUCUAGGUUUCAGUUACAAGAAUUUCUAUUAAUCUUUUCAUGAACUGGUCAAGAAGAGCAGUAUUACUGAUGUAAUCCGAGCCAUUCCAAGUUUGUAUUUUAUCUUAUAAAAGAUUUAUUUUCAAGAUUUGUAACAAAUUUUAACUUUUUUUAUAAUUGAGGUCUUGCACUUUUGCAGUAUCUGUGCGUUUUUAUUCAUUUUGAGUGAAUUUAUAUAUUUUGCUCGUUCCAGUGGAAAAAAAAGUUGUUUAGGAAUAAACCAGGUUUGAGUGCAAAGUCA